AUUUCGAAUUCAAAUAUUAUCUUGUUUCGACACAAACGAAACCACGGCGUAUCCGUUGCGUCAUGAGCAGCCGAACGCACGGGUGCAACUUAGCAACUUGAAUAUUAGGUUUUUCCGCGCAGUAAUGCAUCAUAAGGGAAACGCGAAGGCAAAAACUAUGUGCUAUUGGUCCGUCUGAGGAAUUAAGCGUCGUUAUGAAUAUUAAUUUUGAACAGCUGACCAAUAGGAGCACUUCAAACGCGCCUUCCUGAUUGUGACGCAUUUUGAUACUUGAUGCGUCACAGAUCUCCAUCACGUUGUCAUACGCGCGUAAAUGCGCGUAUCACAGAGUUUGGCGAUUUGCUUUGUGUCGCAAUAAUAGUUUCUACUCAAACGCUGCAAUGUUUGCAUAAGUUUCUAUGGGGAAAACUUUCCACUGUACACAAAGCAACCCAUAAAGGCGCAUGUGUGUCUAAACAAAUCAGGCAGUGGAACGAUAUCAAACGAACGAGUAGCAGCGAUUUUAUCUCGGAGAAUUUGAGCUACAUUUUGAGUUGAUAAUUUCGAAGAAAACAAACUAACAAGUGACGAAUACUUCAGACAUGGGUGGUUGCAAUGAGUCCAAAGUUGUGCCGGCUCCGUCUUCAGCCGAUGAGAUUUCCUCAGGAAUGAUCAAGAACAAGUCUUUCUCCUUCUGGAAAUUCUUCAAGAACCGUCGCAGCAUGAAUCGGGUGGCCCCUGCCCUGCCCGAGGACCAGCCUAUCACCGAUGUGUCAGAGCGCACCAUCAUGGGUACCAACAAGGUACUUCCUCCUAUCCGCCCCAGCUCUCCUGCCGAUCGUGACAGCAGCCCUUCGCCGACAUUCAGCGAUGUGAGCCUGGCUCCUUACAUGAUCACUGAGGGCACGGCGGAUGGGGACGAGUUGCUGGAGCUGGAAACUGCCGAGCGCCCACCAACACCGUAUCUCUUCGUCGUCGGCACUCCUCUUUUUGCCAAGAAGAUCAGCAACAAGGAGAAGCUGCAUGCUCGCCAGGAAAGCCAGGAGAUCCUUCGCGACCUUCGGAACUCUGGCAUCGUGGCCCGCCCCGAGACCCGUGCCGGCGGCCUCACCUACGAGUACUUCGUCAAAGAGAAAUUCGAGUUCCUGAAGAAGCCACCAGCCCGCCUGCAGAAGCUGAAGAAGGCUAAGAAGCUGCGAGAGGCACGAGGUGAUGCCAAGCUGAGAGAGGAGGUGGAAAGCCGCAUGAAGAUGGCUGAAGAACGCCGCAAGAAUGUGAUCGACAAGGUCCGCAUCCAGCAGACCCAGCACUUGGUGUUGGACAUCAGGAGAGCCCAUGACAACUCCGCCGCUCUGGAGGAGGAAAAGAUCCAAUUCACAGCAGAGCGCCUCCAACAGAAGGAGGUGAUGUCCCGGGUUGUGCAAGGUCGGGCGACCAUCAACCGUGACCUGCGCAACAUGCAACAGAAACAUCACCACACCGAAGUGCGCCUGCGCGCUGCCCUGAAGAAGAUGGCUCAUAGAGACGAGGAGUUUCACCAGACCCGGAAAAUCAUCGUGGUGUCACCGAUGAGAGGCGUGAAACCAGACCAGAGCGAGGAGGAGGAAAUGGCGGGAGAUUGCAACUCUGACUAAACAAACAACAAAACGGGGAAACUUGGGGAAACUAUGUACUGUGUACAUGUCUAUACCAGAGGGAUAGUAAUUAUCAUUUUGUACUGUGUACAAACGGAAAUAAACAAGAAGGGGGUUCAAAUUAAAGUACGAGACAAAUUGGAGGGGGGUCUCAUUCAACAGAUGUAAAUAACCGACGUCACAGGCAAAUUGAGAGGGGAAUUUAAAUAUUAAAAAAAGUCUCGAAAGCAGUUGGGAGGGAUUUAUUUGGUACACAGACUUCGUCAUAAACACAACUUUAGGAUGUUAUUUUGAGGAGGGUCCAAUAUCACUUUAAUACCGAAAACAUAUUUAUUAUCUUCCAUUUGUUCUUUUCAUAUUUGCCGAGUUCAAGUGCUCUUCUUUCCUAUAUUUCAUCACUCCUUCUAAACUUCAUUUCACCUUGCUUUUUCUUCGAGUAUCCUUCUGCCUGACUUAAAUACUUCUUCUCAAUCAUCAGCAACAAUUCUCAUACGAUUUCUAAUCGUAUGACAAAUUGCUGAUGACAUCCCGAAGAAGUAUUUCUUUUCUUUUCCUUUUCUUUUAUUCUCCCACUUUUCGGUCGGGCUCGGCAAAAAUUAUGAAUUUCACAAACUGAAAAAUCUGAGAUAAAACGAAAAUAAUUACAAUUUUUGGCCCUCCUCAACUGGAUCCAAUUACCUCGUUAUCUCAAAUGCAUCUUAUUCUUAUUGGUAGGCCUUUAUUAUUUCAUUGUUAACCGCAAUAUGUUCGGGGAAACUCUUUGCCUGUUGACUUUUUUAUUAAAAAAAAUGAAAAAAAAAAAAAAAAAAUAUAC